GGUGGAAGAGGACCAAGUAUAUGGGAUGUUUACACCCAUGAACACCCAGAGAGGAUCCAAGAUCAUAGCAAUGGAGAUGUUGCAGAUGAUUCGUAUCAUCGAUAUAAGGAGGACAUAAAGCUGAUGAAAGACAUGGGGAUGGACGCGUAUAGAUUUUCCAUUUCCUGGUCAAGAAUAUUGCCGAAGGGAAGUUUGAAAGGUGGGGUAAACAAGGAAGGGAUUGCAUAUUACAACAACCUAAUCAACGGCCUCAUUUCCGAAGGCUUGAAACCUUUUGUCACGUUGUUUCAUUGGGACCUCCCACAAGCACUCGAAGAUGAGUAUGAAGGGUUCUUGAGUCCAAAGAUUGUGGCAGACUUUGCCGAUUACGCAAACCUUUGCUUUAGUGAAUUUGGAGAUAGGGUCAAGCAUUGGAUCACAAUAAAUGAGCCAUUGAGCUAUAGCGCAGGUGGUUACGCCUUUGGAAUAUCUGCUCCUGGCCGUUGCUCUUCUUGGGUUGGAAAUUGUAGCAAAGGAAACUCAGGAACUGAGCCUUACAUCGUGGGCCAUAACCUCAUUCUCGCUCAUGCUACUGCUGUAAAAUCGUACAAGGACAAAUACCAGGCAUCUCAAAAGGGAGUGAUAGGCAUAACCCUGGUGUCUAUUUGGAUGUUAGCCCAUUCACCAACUAAAUCCAACAAUGCUGCUGCUCAAAGAGCCAUAGACUUCUUGUUUGGAUGGUACAUGGAUCCAUUGACAAGAGGAGAUUAUCCAAUUAGCAUGAGGUCCUUGGUGAGGAAAAGGCUGCCCAAAUUCACAAAAGAGGAGUCCGAACUGGUGAAAGGGUCAUUUGAUUUCAUUGGAUUGAAUUAUUAUACGGCUAGAUAUGCAGCUAGUGUUGUUCCAAACAAUAAGCUUCCUCCCACUUAUGCCACUGAUUCUCGUGCCAACCUUACAACUGAGAGGAAUGGGGUUCCCAUAGGACCUCAGGCGGCCUCAGCCUGGCUCUAUGUUUAUCCCCCUGGAAUUAAGGACUUAUUGGUCUAUACAAAGGAAAGAUACAAUAACCCAGUGAUUUACAUAACUGAAAAUGGGGUUGAUGAGUUCAAUAAUGCGAGUUUAAGUCUAGAUGAACAGCUCAAUGAUAAGAUGAGAAUUAAGUAUCAUUCCAAGCAUCUCGCCAUUGUUCGCUCCGCCAUCAGGGAAGGUGUUAAUGUAAAAGGAUACUUUGCAUGGUCACUGUUAGAUAAUUUCGAGUGGACAAAUGGUUACACAGUUAGAUUUGGCAUAUGUUACGUUGAUUACAAGAACGGGUUGAAGAGAUAUCCCAAGAAAUCAUUUCACUGGUUCAAGAAAUUCCUCACAACAUAGAUUAAUCUAAAGAAACAUUCAACAUCUCUCUCUCUCUCUCUCUCUCUCUCUCAUACACACUCAUGGGAGACGAGAAAUAAAUGGUUUGAAGGUUUUACAUUCAAAUGUUGGACUUGCAAUGAGAA